AUGGUAGUUAGUCGUCGUUUUGUUCAUUACGUGCAGGUUGUCAUGCGACCAUCGAAACUGCCCGUGUCUUUAUUACAAGAGAAAGCAAAGCAUGCGCGGGUGCAUCUUCUCGACACAGAACUGUUUGAGAACACGUUUGGCAAGAAGGUGCAAAGAAAGUGGCCGAGACUGACGGCUGGUGAUCUUCAGGAUUAUUUGGAUACAGUGGAGGCAUCAGGAGUUAAUUAUGACAAAGAGGAAGACAAAAAUCUCAUUGAUGACACAAAGGAAGACGUGAGGUUGGGUGGUCUGUCUCGUUGCUUUGUUUUACUAUGGCAAUCAAAACGGAUAUGGAACGAGCUUUACAAGGUUAUCGAUUCAUCAGAUGUUGUUGUGCAAGUGCUCGAUGCUCGAGACCCGCUUGGCACACGAUCAAAACAUAUUGAGACAUACAUGACGAAGGAGAAGAAACAUAAACAUCUCAUAUUCUUACUAAACAAAUGUGAUCUUAUUCCAACUUGGGUGACGACUCGGUGGAUUCAAAUUUUGUCUGCUGAAUUUCCAACGCUUGCAUUUCAUGCAAGUCUGACCAACUCAUUUGGCAAAGGAGCUCUUAUUCAAUUGCUGAGACAAUUUGGGAAGUUGCAUAAAGACAAGCAGCAGGUCAGUGUUGGAUUCAUUGGAUAUUCCAAUGUCGGUAAAAGCUCCAUUAUCAACACUCUUACAAGCAAAAAGGUUUGCAUUGUGGCCCUCAUCGCAGGAGAAAGAAAGGUGUGACAAUAUAUUACCUUGAUGAGACAUAUCUACCUCAUUGAUUGUCCAGGAGUUGUCUACCCAUCAAAUGAUUCAGAAACUGACAUUGUUCUCAAGGGUGUGGUACGUCACAUGGUGGAGAAUGUAAAGUUGCCAAGCGAUUUUAUUCCUGCCGUUUUGGAGAGAGUGAAACGCGAUUAUGUUCAAGCGACAUACAAGAUUGACAGUUGGGAUGAUGCGACUGACUUUAUGGACAAACUGGCAAAGAGAUCAGGAAGAUUACUGAAGGUUUGGAAUGAAUCUGAUAAUGACAAAUGCAGUUUUAUUAAUCUAAUGUAUUGA